AUUUGUCGCGCCAUAUUGCUUCGUGUAAACCGUUUUUGACCUUCACGCAAUAGGUUAUUGUGAUUAUACAAAUUUUCCGGCUUAUUUAUUUAUUUUCAAUAAAAUUGGACAAAAUUUAAGUAUUUAAAUUACCGGUUGGAUUUUAAGCGAAUUGCGCUAUCAAUCUGUAUAAUUCGACUAUAAGAAAUAUAUAAUAUAUAUACAAAUUUAUCAUUGUGAAAAUUGCGUAAACAUAUAUACCAAUGGCGGCGAUACGAAUAUUUGGAUUUUUAAGACAUCACACACACCAAUCCACCACGUCUGGACUGUAUGGAUGUAUGCGUUCGUAUAGUGAAACGAAGCAGUUGCCAAAAAUGAGAUUUGUGCAGUUCUUACGUAAAAAUGACGAUCGCAAACGUUUGGGCGUUGUUUCGGAAGAUGGAACUUCCUUGGUGGAGUUAUCAUCGGGAGCAUGUGUCUCAAAUGAUAUGAUUGCAUUUAUUAAUCAAAACUACUCAAUUUCGGAAUUGGAAGAAAAAUUGCAGAAGUGCAAAAGCGAAGAAAUGAACGAUUCAAUUACUCUGCUUCCACCUGUAACCAAUCCUGAAAAGAUUAUAUGUAUUGGCCUCAACUAUCAAGAUCAUUGUGAGGAGCAAAAUAAAGAGCCUCCCAAGCGACCAAUGUUCUUUAGUAAAUUCAACAACACCCUUGUGGGUCCAAGGGGCAAUGUUAUAGCUCAUAAAAUAACAAAUAAAAUGGACUGGGAAGUAGAACUGGCCGUUAUCAUAGGAAAGAAAUGCAAAGAUGUUAGCCGCGAACAGGCCUUGGAUUACAUCUUUGGAUAUAGUGUAGCCCAAGAUAUAUCCGCACGUGAUUGGCAAAAAGAACGAAAUGGAGGACAAUUUUUGAUUGGCAAGUCUAUGGAUACAUUUUUGCCACUUGGGCCCUCCAUCGUGCAUAGGAGUGUCAUCAAGAAUCCCCAUGACUUGGAAAUGGUUUGUAAAAUAAAUGGUGUAGAGAAACAGCGUAGUAACACUGAUAAUAUGAUAUAUAAAAUCGACGAUAUGAUUAGUCGUUUGUCCCAAUCGAUGACAUUGAUUCCCGGAGAUAUACUCCUGACGGGCACUCCAAAAGGCGUUGGCAUGUAUCGCAAUCCUCCCGAAUAUCUCAAAGCGGGAGAUGUAAUUGAAAGCGAAAUUCAAUGCAUUGGUAAAUUAGUGAAUAAUGUGGUGGCCCCUUAACUUGAAACAGUGCCAUAAUGUGUGUCAUUCAUUGCAAUAGACUAGUUAAAUUAAAUAGAUAAUUUUGCAAUUGUAUAAGUGGCUUUUGUUUUAAAGUGUAACUAUUUGCAUUUAAAAAAAAUAUAUCUUUGUUGUAAGUUUUUUGCA